AUGUCUAUCCCAAAUAUGCUGCAAUUCCACGCCCCAGAAGUGGGAGUUACCUUCCGAGCCAGAUUGCUCAUAAGACAAAAUCCCGAUGUAGCGGACCAACUGUUGGCCCAGUUGCCAUUGCAGAGCACUCUAGGCCACGUCGUCAUCUCGGGACAGGCAAUCUGGCUGCCGACACGGAUCGUCCAUCUGGGUCGAAACAACAUGGUAAAACGGCACCCUGGAGCUGUCUACCUGAACUCUGUGGGCGGGUCACUGUGUCUAACGUACGGGACCGUCACUGAAAGUGCCCUCGUCAACAAGGUUGCCGAGGUCGUGGAAGAUGACUUCGAGGACCUCAACAGGCUGGGACAUCUAGUCUAUGAGAAAACCGUUACAUCCGCCCGGCAUACACUCUUGACGAUCCAUAUCUCGCUAAUAGACAACCCUACUCGUACUCUGAGCGAACACCAGCUGCUCGAGCUGUCUGCCAGGCUGGGCGCCUGCUACGACUGCAACUGGCGCGAUGCCAAGGAGCUCAUAGAAAUGGAGGUCGACCGCGUCUGGAUCACGAAGCCGGACGAGAUCAAAAAGAUCAGCUGGGGGAUCAUUGACAGUGGGGCCGGCAGCGGCGAGCAGUAUUUCUCUGUGAUGGUUCAUCUCAAGUCCUUUCUCUUACAUCUGGGCUGUGACGUGCUGUACCGCCUCUUGAAAGUAUCCAAGUAUGACGAGGUCCUCCUGCCGACACUGAUCCGUAUGACGCGGGAAUUUCUCGAAGAAAAUUUCAAUACUUUCGAAAUGUUAAGCGACCUGGGACUGGACAGCAUGCGCCAUGUCGGGGCAUCUUACUCCAAAGCGCUUCCAACCUUGGGGAACAAGGAAGAGUACCGCCAGCUGACGGGGGUGCUUUUCACUUAUGUCUGCCGCAUGCAUCGCUGGGUUCACUUUAUCUUUCCAUGGAAUAUUGGGGUGGCUUUCCCCCAUCGCAAGCCUGAUGAGAUCAUCUCCAUGACGACCAUGAUUAACGGUCUCCCCAGCCCAAUCUCUACUCCGUCAGCGAUAGACAAAUCUAGUUGCAUGUGA